CAACUAGAAUUCCACUAAUUCCGUAUAUUUUAUUCUAGGAAUCACUCGUUUCUCACUCAAUUCUUGUGGUUGACAAAAAUGCGCUUCCUCGCUGCUGCUCUUCUUCUCGUCGCCGUGCUCCUCGCUACUUUCGAUGUCACAUCAGCCCAAUCACGCAUCGAUCGCAGCGCCGCAUGGUUUAAGCCGUUGCCCAACGUCCGUUCACCACAAUAUUCCAGGUCUCGGAUCGGUGGAUCUCGUCUUCUUCCACGUCGCAUGUACCGUAGUCUUCCUCAAAAUGACUAUCAGGGAAUGUGGGAUAAACUAAUCGAUACGGAUGCACAGAUGGAUGCUGAAAAUUAGAAAUUCCUGCAGAAAGACUUGACCCGGUUUAUCCCAAUGAUUAAUUCCCACACGUCCAUCUCGACUCAGAUACUCUUGCAGAUAUGAUAAUCUCAUCCUUCAUGAUACUAAUUUUCCAGUUUUAAUUUUGAAUAAAGUGAUUUUGUGUUA